UCUCUUUCUUCAGAAAGCUUUAGAAAUGUGCAAGUUGGCAUCAAACAAGCUAACUCUCAGCGAGAAAUGAAAAAAUAAGCUAAAGAUUCCUUUUUUUUAAUGAUAUAGACUAAAAUACUUGCGAGGACUCCACACUAAAUACGAAAGACGGAAACGUUCUCAAAAAAAAAGUCUUUUAUUACAAGAAAAAUUGCACGACGCUCGUAUAAGCAGAGAAUUUGAAAUGACCACAUCUGCGCACUUUCAUUAACCGGAAACCUCAAAAUGCUGAAAUUGAUUGGAUCGAUAAAGAAAACCAAUAAACAAGACAACUGAAUUAAUCCAGUGAGAAGGCUCGCAUGUGUAUAAAACACCUGGCACAAAUAUUUCAUAUAAAGGCAAUGUAUGUCACAUUUUAGUUGUUUAAAGCUGGGAGAGUCCAUCGAAGUAAGGUUCAAGAAUUGAUCAAAAAACCAUGGCCGUCAACGUGGUUGGUGUCGUUGGAAUUGUAAUAUUUUAUAUCUUGAUUUUGGCCAUUGGAAUAUGGGCUGCCUUUCGAAAAAAGAAGGGCUCACAAAAUCGACUUGCUAAUGAUGAUAAUGGAGGUGAAACAGAGAAUGUUAUACUUGCUGGAAGAAGCUUGGGUUUAUUUGUUGGAGUGAUGACAAUGACAGCUACGUGGGUAGGAGGUGGAUACAUUAAUGGAACCAGCGAAUCUACGUUCACAAGUGGUUUGGUACAGGUUCAAGCUCCAUGGGGAUAUGCACUUAGUUUAACUUUAGGCGGGCUUCUCUUCGCGGAAAAAAUGCGUUCAAGAAACUAUGUGACGAUGUUAGAUCCAUUUCAAGAGAAAUACGGAUCGUGUGUUGGCGGUUUGAUGUAUAUACCAGCUUUAUUGGGAGAGAUAUUUUGGUCAAGUGCUAUUCUAGCUGCCCUGGGCGCUUCAAUAAGUGUUGUCAUUGACCUUGACAAUACGACUGCAAUCACAGUGUCAGCGGUCAUCGCAGUAUCGUAUACAUUCUUUGGAGGAUUAUAUUCAGUUGCUUACACAGAUGUUGUGCAAUUGAUAUGUAUUUUCAUUGGCUUGUGGUUAACCAUACCGUUUGCAAUCACUGACACAGCGGUAAGUAACAUCAGGACGACAAAACAAAAAUGGUUGGGUGAAUGGGAUAAUCGAUAUACAGGAGUAUGGCUCGAUUCUGCUUUGCUACUGAUAUUCGGUGGAAUUCCAUGGCAAGUGUAUUUUCAACGAGUGUUGGCUUGCAAGACAUCGAAACAAGCAAAGUACCUCUCCUUUUCCGCGUCAUUUGGUUGCAUUGUAAUGGCCAUUCCUGCUUUUCUUAUCGGAGCAAUAGCAACCGCAACAGAUUGGUCAGAAACGUCCUACACUGGACAUCUUAAUGGAACUUUGCCUGAGAAAGAUGCAAGUCGGGUUCUUCCUUUAGUGUUACAAUAUUUAACGCCGCCAGCUGUUGCUUUUAUUGGUCUGGGAGCUGUAUCAGCAGCUGUAAUGUCUAGUGCUGACUCAUCAAUAUUAUCUGCAAGCUCUAUGUUCGCCAGAAAUGUUUAUAAACUCAUAUUACGACCAAAGGCAACAGAGAGAGAAAUUAUUUGGGUUGUACGUUUGUCUGUCUUCGGUGUUGGUGCAGUUGCAACAGUCAUGGCGUUACAAAUUCAAUCAAUCUACGCUUUGUGGUAUCUUUGCUCUGAUCUUGUUUAUGCUGUCUUAUUUCCACAGUUGUGUUGCGUUAUUUACGUGAAGGAUGUGAACACGUACGGUGCAUUAAUUGGUUACGUCAUUGCAUUAAUUCUAAGAAUUGGCGGGGGUGAGGUCACAAUUGGACUGGAUCCGUUUAUCAAAUAUCCUUAUUACAGCAACGAAAAAAAAGAGCAGUUGUUUCCAUUCAGAACACUGGCGAUGCUUUGUUCAUUUUUCGCCAUAGUGUUUGUCUCGUAUUUUGUAAAAUUUCUAUUCAACUCUGCGUAUUUAUCAAAGAAGUAUGAUGUUUUUCGCUGUUUCUCCAAUGAACACGAACAAGAAACUCGGGAGGUCGCUCAUAGAAAUAACAAGGAAAAUGUGAAGCUUGUUGCAGUAACCAGAAUAUAAUUGUACCAUGAGGAACAAUUGGGAGCAUAGGGAGGGAAAGACAGACAACUCACAAUGCCGGCGAUCCUAAUUUUAUAGUACAGAACUAUGAUGAUGAUGAUGACAAUUAAAUUUCAUUAUCAGUGUAAUUCUUAAAUUUUAAGUCAUCUAUAACAAAAAUGUUAAUUAUUUAUUUAAACAACUUUACAAAAUGGACAUUUGUUACAUCCUAUUGAAUCACAACACAUAACUAUAUUUAAUAAAAUGACAAGCAUUAAAUACACGGGACAAGAUAAAA